UGGAAAUGAUGGCCGGUAUAAAGGAAUGAAAGAAUUAAAUUAAAUCAAAUUGCUCCUCUUCGCAUAGAUUAGAUUUGAACUAUUUGAUAUAACUUUGUUAGUGUGUUUGGAUUGGUAUUUCCAUAUUAGUCGUGUCUUAAGUCGUAAAACUUUUCAUUUACAUUGGUCUGUUGAGAGGACGUAAAUACUUGCUUAGUCUGGAUAAUGUGAAAAUAAGCCAGCGAUUUGUUAGGGUUUUGAUUUGUCUUUAUUUGGCAUCAGGAAUAUCGUCAUUUGUCAGCUUUAUCUUGCUUUGAGUGUCGUCUGCUACUUCUAAACGAAGCGUUCAAUAGAUAGAUUUUUGUAACGCAGACGACACGGGAAUUACCACAUCUGGUGAAAAUAGGAUGUAAAUUAUAGAAAAUACUAGGAAUUAGUUGGGAAUUGUUCGUGCAUGUUAAAACAGUAACUUUAAAGUAAAUAUACAUUGUAUUAAACUUGGAAGUUUUAGAUAUGUCUAAAAAGAAGGAUUCGGACAUCUUGUCCAAGUACUCGCCUGGUCAGAUACGAGAACUGCGGGAAGCGUUCAAGUUGUUUGACAAAGAUGGCGACGGAUCUAUUACCGCGGAUGAGCUUGGGACUGUCAUGCGCAAUCUGGGUCAGUUUCCGUCCACCGACGAACUGUACAUGAUGUUGAAAGAAAUCGACAUAGACGGAGAUGGGACGUUCAGUUUUGAAGAGUUUGUUCAGGUCAUGGCUAACAUGGGUGGACUGAGUGAACAAUCAGAGGAAGACGAAGAAAAGGAACUCAGACAAGCUUUCACUGUUUUUGACAAGACUGGCUGCGGUUACAUUUGUGCAUCCGACAUCCGGGCAAUAUUACAGUGUUUGGGGGAAGAUUUGACUGAGGAAGAAAUUGACGAGAUGAUUGCGGAAGUUGAUAUAGACGGUGAUGGAAGGAUUGAUUAUGAUGAGUUCAUAGCCUGUGUUUGUUCAGACACCAGUGCGGAAAAGGACGAGGGGAAGGUAGAGUCACCUCGGCCCAGCCCCAAGGUGAGCCAGUCAGAACCGGAGAAAACCCGGGCGCAGUCCCAGGGCGUGGUCGAAAGGAACGCCGAUCCUAGUACAUCAAAAGUGCAGGACGGGCCAGAAUAAACCGCCGGAAAAAAGUGGAAAAAACGUUUAUCCAAAGUUCUAUCUUACUGUGACAUUCUCACCUUAUUUGUAGGCUAUAUUGCAAACCAUCUUCGACGAUUCGCAUGCCAAUCGUGUAUUAACUGCACAAACAGCAUUUUUCUGUGCGAAAUUCAGUUUUUUUGUUGUUGUUGUUUUUUUUUUUUGAAAAUUCAUUUUGUGAAAUUACAACCUUCGCUGGCGUUCUAAUGUUUCAAGUCAGCGGAACCUGUAUAGAGCAAACACAUCUGGGUAGAGAGAAAUGCAGUCGUUGUGCGGAGGUUAAUGAUUAGGGAGAACUUAAUAUAAGAAUGCAGUAUUAUUGGAAUGAAAAUAUCUGAUUUUUUAUGCCCCCGAAAGGAGGCAUAUUAGUUUUCAACUGUCCGUCCGUUCGUUCGUCACAAUGUUAACUUUUUGCAUGAAGGCAACGUUAACUUUUUGCAUGAAUGCACUUUACUCGCGAACCACUGCACCCAGGACCUUCAAACUUCACAUGCUUAUAGUACUUAUUGAGUACACGACCCCUAUUGACUUUGGGGUCACCAGGUCAAAGGUCAAGGUCACCAGGUCAAGGCGCUGCGGGGGCAUUUGUCACCAUUAGUGACAGUUCUUGUUAUGAGUUGUUAAUAUAUGUUAGAUUAUAUAUUUAAAAUUCAUCAUUUCCAAAACUAUCGCUUACAGAAUUUAUAAGUUCAAAAUAAUAUUGGAAUUAUUGAAAAAUGUUGUGAGAAAUUUAUGUAUACUAUAAAGUGCUACGAAAAGAAGAGUAACAACAAGAGUAAUCUAAAGCUGUUAUGUGUUAUUUGUUUCUUUUCUGUUAUAUACAUUGUAAAAUAAAACGAAUGUAAAAAAA